AUGUCGAGCGCAAACCUCUCCAAGGUCAAGCACAUUGUGCUGCAUGUGAUCCUGCAGGUCCUCUCGGGCAAAGGCGGGGUUGGCAAAUCCUCGGUCACGACCCAGCUCGCCCUCUCCCUCUCAUUAGCCGGUCACUCCGUAGGCGUUCUCGAUAUCGACCUAACCGGCCCCAAUAUCCCGCACAUGUUCCGCGUCGAAGACAAUGCACGAAUAACACAAGGCCCAGGCGGCUGGGUACCGGUCAGCAUACACGACGCCGACCCCUCUCGCAACCUUGGUGCCCUGCGAAUAAUGAGUUUGGGGUUUCUUGUCAAGCGCGGUGACUCGGUCGUAUGGCGGGGGCCGAAGAAGACAGCCAUGAUCAAGCAGUUCCUCACCGAUGUCUCCUGGGACGAGACGGACUACCUUCUCAUCGACACCCCUCCUGGCACGAGCGAUGAGCACAUUUCCGCAGUUGAAUAUCUCCUCCAGCUGGCACGGCCUGACCAGCUAGCCGGAGCGGUGUUGGUGACCAUGCCACAGGACAUGUCCACUGCCAUGGUGCGGAAAGAGCUGGACUUCUGUCGGAAGACGAAUCUGAAUGUUAUCGGCAUCGUGGAGAACAUGUGUGGCUUCGUCUGCCCACACUGCUCGGAAUGCACAUACAUUUUCAGCAAGGGCGGCGGCCAGGUCCUAGCCCAAGACUUUAGCACAGAAUUCCUAGGGAGCGUUCCCAUUGACCCGCAAUUCACCAAACUCAUUGUCUCAGGCAAAAGACCUUGGUAUCCGGACGGCACAAUUCUUGACGGACAGGACUUGUCAAGCGCUACAGAGGCGGUUCCUGCGUCAAAAGAGGGCACAGAUGGCGAUGACGAUGAUCUCCUGGCAUUGAAAUACCAGGACUGUGCAUUAAGCUCAGUGUUCAAGACUAUCACAGCCGGAGUGGUCAAGGCAGCAAGCGGCCCAUGA